CAGUUGACACCCUCUCCUGGGACUUCACAGUAUCCAGUCUUGAGGAGAGCCACAUCCAGAAUCCACCCAAGGAUGGCGUUUACGUGCGAGGUUUGUACCUUGAGGGGGCCGCCUGGGAUAAAAAGGCCACCUGCCUGGUGGAGGCCGAGCCCAUGCAGAUGGUGUGUCCUAUUCCCGCCAUCAACUUCAAGCCAGUGGAGAACCGCAAGAAGAUGGCCAAGAACAUGUACCUCUGUCCUUGCUACUACUUCCCCGUGCGAUCGGGCGGCGCGGGCAGAGCUUCCUUUGUGAUCGCCGUGGAGCUGAAAUCCGGCAACGUCAAUCCGGAUCACUGGAUCAAAAGGGGGGCAGCGCUCCUCAUGAGCCUGGACAGCUGACAUGUUCGCAUACUCUGGACACAUCCAAUUUCUUUUCCUAUUGGUUUGUGUUCAUCCCCCCCGCCCCCUCCAUAAAUACCUUUCCCUGUCUCAAAGAAAAAAAACAGCAGUGGUUAAUCAAGGUGAGGGAGGUCUAGUUUCAUGCAAAUUCCAUCCAAGCUGUGAGGGAAG